AUGCUUUCCACCAGAAAAAGUCAAGACUCGAGCUCGCAGAAGAGCCGUGUUGACGAGACGGUCGUACCACUUGACAGCCGUCAGGGAGUCGAAUUCUAUAGAGCCGACUUGGAUAAAGUUCAGAGGCGUUUAGAUGGAAGACACAUCCAGAUGUUCGCGAUCGCUAGUGUGGUCGGAACGGGACUGUUCCUUGGCCUCGGGAGUACUCUCUCUUACACGGGGCCGCUCGGGCUUCUCUUGGUUUUUCUCCAUGUAGGGACUGUGGCGUUUUGCUCACUAGCCUCGAUCUCCGAGAUGACGGCCUUUGCGCCCGUCUCCGGCACUUUUUCUCAUUUCGCCGCACGAUGGGUCGACCCCGCUUUGGGAUUUGCUGUUGGAUGGAACUACUUUUAUACCUGUGCGAUUGCUCUUCCCGCGGAAAUCACUGCCGCGGCUGCAGUCAUCGAGUUCUGGGAUAGCAAUCCAAAUCAUACUGCAAUCUACAUCGCCGUAUUUAUUGUCCUAGCCUUUGUGGUCAACCUGCUAGGGGCACGAACAUUCGGAAACACGGAAAUCGUAUUUUCGGCACUGAAACUCGCGCUGGUGGCCAUACUUGUCAUAGGAGGUCUCGUCAUCGACCUCGGAGGCGGCCCUGAUGGACAACGACAUGGAUUUGAGUACUGGCGCAACCCAGGGCCCAUGGUCUCCUCGCUCGCUUCAGGUGCAAGAGGCCGUUUUAUUGGCCUAUUGUUAGCUAUUACGCCAGCCGCAUUUGCGAUGUGCGGAAUGGAGAUCGUUACAGUUGCCGCUGCAGAGACCAGGAAUCCCCGGAAGAAUAUUAUUAUAGCCAUGAAGACGGUGUUCUUUCGUAUCUUCUUUUGCUAUAUCCUUACAGCGCUCCUUGUCGGGAUGCUUAUCCCCUCCAAUGAUCCCGACCUAUUCACCGCACAUGCAGGCGCUGGGGAGUCCCCGUUCGUCCUCGCGUUCAAUCGCGCAGGCGUGAAAGUACUCCCUCACUUUAUAAAUGCAAUCGUCAUGACGAGCGCGUUCUCGAGUGGAAAUGGGAUGCUCUAUAGCUCGUCUCGUCUUCUAUACUCUCUCGCAGUGCAAGGCCAAGCCCCAAAAUUCUUCACUAGGGUCACAUCAUCUGGCGUCCCGAUAUAUGCAAUCUUAGCUGCUGGCUCAUUUGCUUUCUUAGCGUUUCUCAAUAUACAAACAGAAGCAGGCAUCGUCUUCAACUGGUUUGUCAGCAUUGUCACAGUAGGGGGACUUCUCAACUGGUUGAUGAUCGGAGUUACAUAUCUGCGUUACUACUAUGGUCUACGCGCGCAGGGUAUCAACCGUAAGAUUGAUGGAAUUUACCGUUCCCGUCUACAGCCCUACGCCGCUAUGUGGGUGAUUUUCUGGGCUAUCUUCUUCAUCCUCGUCAGUGGUAUCUCGGUCUUCUUUUCCUGGAAUACCUCCAACUUCGUCGCUGCUUACGUCAACCUCCCGAUAUAUGCUGUGCUCUACUGCGGGUGGAAGAUCUAUAAAAAGACGAAGAUCCUGCCCCUCGCAGAACUCGACUUUGUAACGGACAUCCCUUCGAUUGCGCAGACAGAGGAUGCCGGCUUCGUGGAGAAGAUGAGUGGCGCGAGGAAGUUGAAAGAAUUCUUGUGAUAUUUUAGUGCUUCCCGUACAUGGAUAUACCAAAAUACAUUCGCC